AUGACUACUCAAGAAGAAAUGAAUUCGUUUAUUCUCAAUACUCUAAAAUGUCCUAUAACACUUGAAUUAUUUGUUGAUCCAGUUGUUGCUAAUGAUGGUCAUACUUAUGAACGAUCAGCAAUUAUUGAAUGGGUACAAAAUCAUAAUGGAACAAGUCCAAUAACUCGUCAACCAAUUAAAAUAGAUCAACUAAAAUCUAAUCGAGUUGUAAAACAAUUAGCUGAUCAAUAUCGAAUUAUAUCAAUGUCAAAAAUAGGAAAAACAUUAAGUAUAAUUUCUGGUAAUGGUACAUUAUUAAAUACAGACCAAAAAAUACUUAUUAAAAAAUUAUUUCCAAUAGAAACAAAAUGGUUAUUAAUAUACAAAGGAACUGAAAAUGGUUUUGAUUCAGAUGAUUUUCAUCGUUAUUGUGAUAAUCGUGGUGCUACACUUACUUUAAUUCAAGCACGUAGUCGUUUUUAUAUGAAAAGACAUGAUUCAAUUUUUGGUGGAUUUACAACAAUACCAUGGUCUUCUAAACAUGGUUUUUAUCUUGAUCCAGAAGCUUUUUUAUUUCUUCUUAAUUCAGAAGAUAUUAUCCGUUUUAAUUUACGAUCAACAGAUGAAACAGCUAUUUCACAUUAUGCUACAGCAGGACCAGUUUUUGGUUUAGAUGAUAUUUAUAUAUGUCAUCGACCUAAUGAAAAUAAUUUAAGUUAUUCAAAUUUUCCACAUUGUUAUGAAGAUCUUGAAAAAAAUGGAAAAGGACGAAAGACAUUUUCAAAAUCAAAAUGUUUCUUAGUCAAUGAAAUUGAAGUGUAUAUGACUAUUAUGUAA